AUGUCGCCUAUAUUAGCAUUGCGCGCGCUGCUGGAAGUUAUCUCAAACUCUGUUGACGCGAUUGAGAAUAGAUGCCGGUCUCGCGGUCUCGCUUUCCCUUCUCUCGACGACCCUCUGGUUGUGGAUGGCGAGAGCGUGCAGGAUGACGCUGCAGUCCAACAAGCUGCGACACUUAUCACUUCAGCGGCAUACCAGCUCAUUGCCACAGUACAACAACCUCGAAAAACGAUUUUUGCGGCAGCAUGCAAUUAUUACCUACCAGUAUCCCUGAGAGUCGCAACGGAGACAAAUGUGGUCGAGAUUCUGCGCGACGCCGGACCAGAGGGACUACAUGUAGACGAAAUAGCCCAACAAAAUGGUUUGGACCCUCCCAAAUUAAGCCGAAUUCUAAGACGUCUCGCCACGAAUCACAUCUUUCGAGAAGUAAGACCUGAUGUGUUUGCUAACAACAGACUAUCUUCAGUCUGCGACACUGGAAAGUCAGUCGAGGAGCUCCGCGCAAGACCACUCGAAAAGCAUGAAGGUACCAACGGAAUUCCAGCUUUGAUUGGCCAUUGCACGGAUGAGGAUUACAAGGGUGCUGGCUACAUCCUGGAGCAUCUCACAGACCCGGAGACUGCCUUUGAGGAAGGUCCAAAACGAACGGCGAUGAUGCGCGCGUUCAACUGGACUACAGACGUCUGGACAUGGUUUGAACAACCUUUCAAUAAGGCGCGGUUUAUGCGUUUCGGUGAGGCUAUGAAUGGAGUGAGCAACAUGCAAUCGAUUGACUCUAUCUUCAGAGGUUUCUCGUGGGAGUCACUACAGAGUGAGAGUGUUGUGGUAGAUGUUGGUGGUGGAAUCGGAACAUCAUCUUUAGCGUUAGCUGAGCGGUAUCCAGAGCUACGGCUAAUUGUUCAAGAUCGGCUCCCAGUAAUCGAACAGGGCAUUAAGAAUUUGCGUUCAAAUUGGUUGCGAGACAACGUUGUGCAAUACGCCGCACACGAUUUCUUUGAGGAGCAGUCCCAAAAGAAUGCCGCUGUGUUCCUGCUCAAGCAGAUUCUGCAUGACUGGUCCGAUUCUUAUGCGAUCAGGAUCCUUCGCAGAUUAGCAGAUGCAGCAAAUACGGGAACGAAGCUCGUUCUAAUCGAGAACAUCGUUCCUUACGCAUGUAGGGGCGAUGUCGUUCAUAUUCCUGGCGCUGAAAACCAAGAUGCGCCCACGCCGUUGCUGCCAAAUCUAGGACAAGCAAAUGCUCUAGUCUAUGAUUAUGACCUCUCGAUGUAUGUCCACUUCAAUGCGACUGAGAGGACACUUGGACAGCUGGUCUCUCUACUUGAGAAAGGAGGCUGGAAAGCUGUUCGCGUACAUUCUACAGACCAUUGGGGCGGAUUUCUGCAACAGAUUAUCUCAAUACCUAUGAUAUCAUAA